UCAAACAAGAGACAAAGAGUCUCAUUGAGAACGCAGAGUCGCAAAACCUGGUGGAGAACUCAGAGUCCGACCAGAAUCGAUGACGAGACUCAACCAGCAGGACUAAACGAUAAAGUUCUGUUGUUACCAUGAAGUCAGCUUUGGUUCUGGUUGUACUCAUCUUCCCAGUCAUCUGGGCUCAGGUGCCUCACUGGGGUCCGUGUCCAGAACCAGAAGUUCAAUCUGCAUUUGUCCUUAAACAGUUCAUGGGGAGAUGGUUUGAAAUUGCCAAACUGCCAGCCCAGUUUGAGAAGGGCCGCUGCAUUGAAACCAAUUUCACUCUGACGACAGACAGCUCCAUUCGAGUGGUCAGCUCUGAGAUACUAAAAGGAGAACUGAGGAAGAUUGUAGGAACUGGAGUCAUAGAGGAUCAGAAGAAUCCAGCUAAACUAGGAAUAAGUUAUUCCUACGUCCUCCCAUAUUCCCCAUACUGGAUCCUGUCCACCGACUACGUGAGCUUUGCCCUGGUGUACUCCUGCACCGACAUCCUCAGACUCUUCCACGUGGACUUCGCUUGGAUCCUGGGUCGGACUCGGAGCCUGCCGGACUCCACCAUCCAGAAAGCCAUGGGUGUUUUUGCCUACAACAACAUUGACAUGACCAGAAUGAUCCCCAGCAGGCAGCAGGGCUGUGACAAAACUCUCUAAGGCCCAAUGAAAAUGCACAACAAGAUGGCGCUGUCAUUGGUAGAAAAAAAGAAAUUACGAUAUUUUUUUUUUGGAAAAAGAGAGAAGAAAAGCAAAAUCUUUUAUGAUCAUUGUGUUUGAGCAGAUAGAUUUCAUUUGUGUGUCUUUGAUGUCUUGUUUUCAUCAGUGUGACUCAAAAUGAAAACAUAAUGGAUGUCAUUAGUUUCAUUAAAAUCAGUGAAACACG